AUGGAAAAUGUGGAACGAGCUUCUGCAUCAGAUGUGCGAUUGAGUAUCAAUGAGCAUUCGAGCAGGAAGUGCUACCUGAACUUGGUAGCGGAGCUAUCGGGUACGAUGGGACCUCGAAGCUCCUGUUGCCGAAAGAUGCAAUGGUUGGCAAUGAUGAUCAGCUUCUUUGCUGCCUUCCUUGCUCUUUGGAACUUCGCAGACCAUCAGACUGCAAAGUUCGAGCCCAAGCGCACUCACGCCUACAGUUACCAGCCGAAUGAUUGGUUGCAGACUUCCGAGAAUUCGAAUGCAGUGCAACAGGACAUGUCGAACACCCAAGAGAGCCCGUCGAAUCGACCGGAGUCUCUGGUGGAUGAAAAGGCAGGUGUGGGACUCACACCAAAUGCCUCUACGAGCUCGCCGUUGCCAACGAGUGGUUCGUUCACGCUCCUGAGUCCGAAGCAUGCAGUCGGGAAAUCCUUGCGGAUGUUUCUCGAGUGGAUGCCAAAGGAUUUUGGAGCUUGGGCGGACGCACGGCGCAACAAGUCCAUCAAACAUGGUCCUGCUGCGGAUAUGGUGUCCAUACAUAUCCAGUCGAAUCGUUCGCAUUCCGAGGCCAAUCGCACUCGAGACUAUUCCCACUUCAUCAAACCGCUGGGAGUGUUUCGGCGUGCACAGGAUAAGAACCUGCAUCGAAGGUCUUUGCAGCAGACGGGACGCAAAAGUGAGCGACGACGAUUGAAAUCCUCAAGGUCCAAAGUCAAGCAUGGGCAUGAAGCGCCCGGCCGGCUCUGGUUUAAGAUCGGUGUGCUCAUCUUCGCGAUUCUGUCGGCUGUGAUGUACAUGAUGCCUGGUGGAAUGCGUGGCUCAGCCCCAAGAACAAGUGCCCAUGUGGGCGAUGCAGGACCACCGUUCAUCGGAACCGCUACGUUGAAGGUGCCUCCUGCAUGGAGCAUUGAACGGGCAGACCACUAUAGCCUCCGGUCGUGGGUCAGCGACUUGAUUCUUUGGAGUUCUGCGACAGACCUGGAGCCACACCGUCUCGGUCCUAUCGCGGCUUUACAAGUCAACGGUAGUGCCAGAGACCUGGUUCGCGAACUCACGCCUGAGCAGCUGGCGCACGGAAUUCAAGACCCACAGACUGGACAGAACAUCACUGGGUUGAUGGUGCUUGUGAGGACUCUGAUACAGAGAUAUGCCCCACUUGAGAAUGAGGUCUCUACCAGAGCAGUAUCAGAGUUCUUGCAAUUCGCCCGAAUACCGGGUGAAACAACCGAUAGUCUUCUAGUUCGUUUCGACGUUCUUCGGAACAGGGCAGCACAACGUGGUGGCCUGGGUCUAAAUGCUACUGGUCUCAGUUGGAUACUUUUCAGGGCUAUGAAUCUUCCCCCUGAGUUGAUGGAUAGACUACUAGGCCCCAAUAACGGACAGCUGCCUCAGAACGAAAUUCAACUCGUUGAGUUGAUGGCCAGGAUCCGACGGCAGGGUCAUUUGUUUGAAGGUCGGUUUCGUCCCACCGGUCAUCAAGGCGCGACUGGUGACACGGGAGCAUACUACUUUCCCACCUUCUGCAACAACAACAACGAUGCAGAAUCAAACAUGCGGGGAGGGCUUCAGCAGCCCUGGAUUCCAUCAGAUUCCGCAGGAUCCACAGCUUUCCACGCCGCAGAUCCCACAACGCCUGUGUAUCAUGCCAGAGGUGCUCCAACCGAUGGCUGGAGUGCGUGGGAUCAGGUUCAGGGUUCUUCAGAGGUUCGUUGCUCUACUUGUGGGGUUUACUUCGAUGACGACGAUGUAUCGUCCGCAACAGACACCGACGACGAAGAGCCGGAUGAGGGCGCUCAGGCUUACGCACAUGUUGAAGUUGAUGGGCAAUGGAGGUCCGACGACGAAGCUGUAGGCGAAAGGCUCUACAUGGAUUACCUGAUCGCGAAGCGUAGAUGGAGGCGUUUCUCAAACAGGCCCCCACGUCGCUACCGGAAGUUCCCAAAUAGGCCCCGAGCAUAUGGCAAAGGUAGUCGUACUCCCUAUUCAUCCUCCUUCGCAUCUUUUCUCCCCGCUAAUGCCUUCGCCGGAGGGAAAGGCAAGCCCAAGGGUAAGACUGGUUUCGCAGGCAAGGCUUCAGGCAAGGGUCGAGGCAACCCACGUGGUAGAGACGGUCGACCGCUUAAGUGUAGCAAGUGCGGGUCAACCGAACAUUUGUGGCGGCGCUGCCCGCAAGUGGUGCAGAGUCAAGGUGGCCACAGUGCUGCCGACGCACACUUUGCCACUCCGAAUGCACAGCCAGCGCUCACCCUGCACACCAUUCAAGCCCAUGAUGCUCAUGAGACUGCUCUUGAUGACGGGCUUGAUUCCGGGAUGGCCAGUAGACUGCUGCCUAGUGUUUCGUUUGCGGCUUUCACUUCGGCACGGAGUGAGAUGAGCACACAGACUGGCUUUGAAGCUGAGCUUGAGGCUCUGAGUCAGGUGUCGUCUUUCGCGUCAAGAAACAAGCGUAAGAAGGACUCGCAACCUGAGUCAGACAGCCCAUCCCGUCAGCCGCCUUCAUGGGAACCUGGAAUGCCGUCGACUGUCAGACCUGAUGAUUCGGUGUCGCAGGUUGGAUCCGCGCUUGAAACCUUGAUCCCAGGAGCAAGGGUGCCAAAGUGUCCUCCUCCCACUCAUGUGCCGAGCGUUGCUUCCACAAGUCAUCUUGCUCAAGGCGUGAACGCAUCAGGCUCAGGUGCAGAAGCCAGGGCAAAGAGCUCAGCCGAGAGGCGUCAAGCAACGUUGCAGUUGUCGUCACUGCUGUUUCCUUGGUGGGAGAUGGAAUCAUUCGAGAGCAUGGCUCAAACUGCUUGUGCAGGUAUGUAUCACCUGCGUACAAGGAUUGCUGGUAAAGUUGGCUUGCUUGUUGAUCCCGGUGCUCAUGACAACUUGAUCGGUGGCAAUACUUCGCAGUUGCUUGCUGAGCAAUGUGCUACGACCGCCAGUCAGGGCACACUGUCAAAGACCUUGUCUGUUGCAGGUGUGGGGUCAGGAGGACAAUCCACUGACGUCACACAUCGUGUUGAUUUGUCGGUGCAUGAUGAGAUCACGGGAGACAGCGUCAAGUGUGCCUUUACUGCACCUGUCAUCGAGGGAAGUGACCUUCCUCCCUUGCUGGGUCUCAAGAGUCUUCGACGCAUGAAUGCUGUUGUGGAUUGCGGACAGCAGUUGCUUGUGUUGCCAGGUCCUGGAGGUUUGAAGCAUGAGUAUCCGCCUGGCACUGUCGCGUUGAAGUUGGAGUUGAGUCCUUCUGGUCACUUGAUACUGCCGGUUGCUCCCAAUCGUGGCUUGAGUGAGGCACAUGUCUUGGAUUUCAUGCACCACCGCACCCACGCAGACACCCAGAAGUCUGCAUCAAGACGAGUGUCGAGCCAGGAUUCCCGCAGGUGA